AUGCCCAACACGCAGGGCCCAGCAAAUGUCGGCUGGAGAUCCACCACUCUGCAGCCGAUGGAUCCUUCCUUGCUGCACGCUGCCGGCGACCGGACGCCGGAGUUGCUGCAGGAACUCCUUCCGCAAGAGCUUGCAAACAGCCUCUGGGACCUCGGCACUUCGGACUGCCUGGGUGUCCCCAUCACAGCUUGCGUUGGAGCAGCCGUGUCGCAGCGGGCCGCCGAGCUCGAUUGCCGGGGCCCGGCGAACGCUGUCCGGUCUUCUACCGUCCUGCGCGCCUCGCCGGUGCCGCAUGCCGCCUUUGCUGGGAGGCUCCCGGAAGCCUCGGCGCAGGAUGCGUCUAACAGAGCUCGGAGGAUGGCCGCUGCGUCGAUCAGAGAGGAGGCGUCGUCUGCCGCCAUUGCAGACGAGUUCUUUCGCAAGCGAGGCCGGCCCAUACCGCAGAAUACUGCAAACAGGGCGUGGGCGGUGGCCACGACCUCCCUGAAAAACCGGCCGCCCUCGGCAGCAAUCUCGGCCACGUGCAUUGAGGAGGCCAGCCAGCUCGCCGCAAGAGAGGUUGCCAACACAUUGUGGGCCCUCAGGAAUGCUGCCGAGGUCGACCUGUCGCUCUGCGAGGCGUUGGACGCAGCCUUGCGUGCAGCCCAUCAGACCGAUCCACAAGGUGUGGCCAAUGUUGCGUGGGCCUUUGCCACGCUGCUUGUGCAGCCGACCAAGGAGCUCUUGGAACACCUUGGUGAUCAAGUCCUCCGACGCCUCUCAGAGCAUGAUCCGCAGAACUGUUCCAACACGAUGCGAGCACACGGAGUGCCCGUUGUUGUGGGCGGCUCGGCAUCGGCUUCCUCAGCAAAGCGGACGAUGGAGGUCAUCCGAGAGUCCGAUUGCCAGUCCCUCGCCAACACAGGCUGGUCGCUGACAAACACAAGCGCCGCAGGUGCUGCCUUGCUGAGUGCAGCUGAGGAGCAAGUCCUUGCACUGACCAACAGCUUUGACAUCUCAACCCAUACGGAGAAGGAGCUCGUGGAGGUCUCCAUGGGGCUGCUGGGGGUUGUCUGGGCCUACGCCUUUCUCGAGGUCAGCUGCAAACACCUGCGCGAACGAUGCCGAGCACUGCUGACAGACAUCGGGCGCACCCUGGACAGGCGGCCAGCGGCACCAGCAGGCGUUGGGAGCCGGCGCCUUGCAGCAUGCUCGUCCGAAGCCAGGCAGCGUAUCGGUCAACUGCCGCACUUGCUCGCCUAG